ACGCUGCACCUCCCGAGGAUUCUCUGCCUCCACGGCGGCGGCACCAACGCACGCAUCUUCCGCGCGCAGUGCCGCGUGCUCCGUGCGCGCCUGGCAUCCUCGUUCCGUCUCGUCUUCGCCGACGCACCGUUUCCGAGCCGGCCCGGCCCAGACGUCGAGUCGGUCUAUGCGGCUUGGGGGCCCUUCCGGAGCUGGCUGCCGCCCGCUCCCGGUGGCGGCGAAGGACCGGCGGCCUUUGUCGACGACAUCGACACGGCCGCCGCCCAGCACAUUGACCGAUGCCUUGAGGCAGCCAUGCGUGAGGACGACAAGGCCGGCGCCACGGGGCGGUGGGUCGGCCUGCUGGGGUUCAGCCAGGGAGCCAGGAUGGCGGCGAGCCUGUUGUGGAGGAGGCAGCAGCAGGGCCAGAAACUAACGACGACGGCGAUGAUGACCGACUUGCGUUUUGCCGUGCUGCUUGCGGGGCGAGGACCGUUAGUAGCCGUAGGGCCGGACAUGAAACUCGAGGUGCCGGGCCUCUUGUGGCUGCCGACUAUCCACGUCCACGGAUUGCGGGAUCCGGGACUUGCAAUGCACAGGGAGCUUCUCUACCGGUGCUGCGGGAGCGGAAGCACUCGGCUCGUCGAGUGGGACGGCGACCAUCGCGUGCCCAUCAGGACCGGCGAUGUCGAGGCGGUUGUGUCGGAGAUCUUACAUGUUGCGCAAGCGACAGGC